CGAUCACGGGUCAACCGCAGAAUCCGGUUGCGAUGGAUGGCAUCAAUCAGUGAGUGAGUGAGUGAGUGAGUCACACACGAAUUCGGGAAUUGGCAGGAAUCCGAGAUUGUGGGUAAAUACCACGGCUGGCCACCAAUACGGGCAAUGGGACCGGGGACCCCUAGAGCCAAGGGUGGGCCGGACUGUCACGGCUAGCUUCUUGCCUCUCUAGCCCGCCACCAUCGGCUGGCGUUUUGACGGCGAUUUGGCCCUUUUCGCCCAUAGGAUCGGCCCGGCUCGGUAUUUUUUCCCAUAGACUCCAGUUCUUGGGGGGUGAUUCCGCCAUUGGCCAUGACUGAGGAAGCAGGCUUUGUUCAUUGUUCUGGGGCUGGCUUGUGACUGGCUCGCCUUCUUUCACUCCCCCCCCCUUGCCGUCUGCUGGGUUAUACAUGACUGUGUAUGUGGGAGCGGAUUCGCCCGCCUCUAGUGAUCUCCAGCUUUAUCUCGUCGCCACGCCCGCAGAGUCGCUAGCCACGGGCCCUGGGCCUUGAUCGCAACGUCCAAGGGGCUGGAUCCCGUGUGCGGGUCCGGAAUUAGCCGGAUGAUUCAAAACUCGCAAGGUCACCAGAUUUUGCAGGCGCAAAAUGGCCAGCAGAUCUUGGUGCAGACCCUGAACCAACCCGCCACGACCGUAUCCACCGGUCAUGCCAUCUCGGUGGCCACCAGUGAGGCCGGAAUGCCCACCUUCGCGGUACAAGGUGCUAAUGGCCUCGUCUUGCAACAAGCUGGCCAUCAAGUCAUUCAGACACCCGAUGGUCAAACGCUCAUUUAUCAACCCGUCACGGCUGAUGGCGGGGUAGUCCAACCCACCAUGCAGGCCCUGUCUCAGGGUGGGCAGAUCAUUCAACUCCCAACCACGGCCACCAUGACCCAACCCACCGCAGUAGUGGCCUCCUCCGGCACGGCAGGUGUCACUAACGUGAGCUCGGCCAACGGGGGUGGCAAUAUCAUCAUGAUGGUACCCGGUUCCAACGGGUCACCCUCCUUACAGCGAAUACCCUUACCCGGUCCAGAAAUGCUUGAAGAGGAGCCGUUGUAUGUUAACGCCAAGCAGUACCACCGAAUUUUGAAACGAAGGCAAGCGCGAGCCAAAUUAGAGGCCGAAGGCCGUAUUCCUAAGGAGAGGAAGAAAUAUCUCCACGAGUCUCGCCAUCUCCACGCACUGAAACGUGUUCGAGGGGAAGGGGGCAAGUUCAAUUCCAACGAAGGGAACGAAGGCGAUUGUGAGCCUCUCGACAAGAAACCCGUGAUAGACGGGCUCUCAAAUGGGGGCGCCGGACAAUCCAUGCAUCUUCACCACCAGUACGGUGGAAAUUCCGUUUUGAACAGUUUACACCUGUCCUGAGCCCAAUUGCCUCAUGAUUUUAUUGUACCUCCCAGAAAUUCGUAAAUAGAUUGUAUUUAUUUCUCA